AUGGACGGGAGUGAUAGGCUCGAAGAUUUUACGUCCCUUUUUCUUCCUGAUUUAUUGAAUCCUUCUACAGCGAAUGAAGACAAAGUUAGGUCAGAUGGGGGCAUCAAGCAAGAACAAAUCGAUGAAGAGGUAUACUUCAAUGCAAAAAUACGAAAGCAGCUUGCUGAAAAUGUGGGAUACGAUAGUAAUAUAGGGAGUGUAGUAGGAGGUGAAAAUGGAAGUAUUCAUUCAGGAUCACUUAGUGGGCAUCACAUUAGCCAUUACGCUCCCUUUGUUCCUAUAGAAGCAUCAUCAAUGCAACAACACUAUCAGCAACCAAUGUUUCAUAUGAAUCCGCAAAUGCAACAAUAUAUUCUGCAAAUGAAUGAUUCACCUCUCAUGGGAGGCAGUGUUACUAGCAGUGGGUUGGAGUCAUUUUCGAUGAAUAGCGGUACUCCACACACAGAUAGGACAUAUACUCCUGCAUUCUUACAACUUCAGCCCUCUGCUAGCUUUAUUUCAAGGAAGGGUACACCUUUGCCUAUCCCAGGAAGCUCUGACACACACAUGCAGGGCACUUCGAAUGAGAAAACAAUAAAAGAUAGAAAACGCAAGAAAUCGAACCGAAAGCCAUUCAAAACUAUUGAGUCACAUAUAGAAUACAAGCCAAGCAAACUCACUAAGUUAUUAGAUUUCAAGCCUUCUGUACAGUUGGAUAAGGUGCUCCUUGAUGGUGAUGACAAUGUUAUUUAUGUUGAUUUUCGAGCCUUCUUAAAAGGAAAGUUUAUUACAAAUGAUGCGGAGAAUAAACAUUAUCUUUCGACUAUGAGCAAUGGUAAUGAUAUAGUUGAUCAAAAAGAUCCUAAGGUUAUAUCGUGCUAUAGAAGAAAUUACAUUCAAAUUCCAAUUAAUAUGAAUCUUUCUGGUUUUGUUUCCAACAAUAAAAUCUUAAAACUCCAGACCACAGAAUAUGGCUAUCAAGUGAAAAGGGUUAUCAAAUGGUUUAAGAUCGAAAUUCUUGCAAAUUCUAACAUAUCAAAUAAUGUUCCAUUUGACAUUAAGAGUGAUCCGAAUGAUAAAGACUACAGAAUAGAAAGUGGCGGUCAAACGUGUAAACCCACUUGCAUAUCAUCUAGCAAACAUGUUAUCACUUUAAAUGAUUCGACAAUUUUUAACAAUGAGAUAGAUAACUUUUUUAUUAUAAAGAAACUACAAUUUAAAAAUGCAACGCCUCAUAAUGGUAGCUCUACAUUUCAAACUUACUACCAUAUAAAGUUACGAUUAAGUGCUGUUGUUGCAGACUUAUACUACGAUGAUUAUAUUGAUGAUGAUGAAAUUUCGUCUGGUGGUCAUGAUACCAAUGAGGUAACGUUGUGUGAAUUGGUAAGUGAACCUAUAGUGGUGAGAGGAAGAACUCCUAACUUCUACAAUGAUAGAAUGGAUUAUUUGAUUAAAAACAGAUCAGCUUAUCUGAAGAAUAGCUUUAUUGAGAUUGGGCAUGAAAAUAAUAAUGGUGAGGAUGAUGAGCUGAGGCAACAAGCUGGAGGGAAAACUUUCGAGAGCCAGAAAAAUCAAGAUAUUGCCGUAGAAGAUGACCGAGAGGAAGACGAAGAAGGAGAUGGUGAGCCAGAACAUGCAACUUCUUCAGCUGAUGAAACGGAUCUUUUGAAAAAUAAACAAGAAGCAACUUCCAUUAGUCAAUCCAGCCAUGCGCCAAUUGAUUUAAAAUCAAUUAAACGGUAUAAUUACUUUCCAAUCUCAAGUGUUUACUAUUUACCUCCCAUAAAUGUUGUCUAUUUCCCCCAUGGUGCACAUCAACAGCAAAGUGAAACACUGCAAUCAAGAACUGAUGGAGCAAAUGAACCGAGGCUGCUGAGAAGUGGCUCUAACGUGUAUUUCAAGUAG